AUGAAUAGUUUGAAUUAUACUUAUGGUCGAUCAAAAACAUUAAUUGUACAACGUCUACAAACUAUUCAACGACAACUUCAACAAGCAUCACAAGCAUUACAAGAUUUCGGUAAACAGUCAUUCACUCAAUGUCUAUCUGAAAUGAAUCCUCCAUUAGAUUUUACAACAUUAUCAGCAAUGGUUACAGCUGUUGUACGUAAAGGUCAACAUAAAUUAAAACAACAAUUUGAAUAUAACAAAAAAAUGUUAAAAUUAGACUCAACAGAUCACCUUUUUGUAAAAAAUGUUUACGAUUUUAAACCAAAUAAACAACAAAUUCGUUCAAUCCGUAAUAUAUGGAAAGCCAUUCAAAAUAAAAAACAAAUGGAAGAACAAAUUGAAAUAUUAAAACAUCGUAUCCAUUCGAAUUGUUUACCACCAGCAUUGAAUCUUCUCGAUUAUUCACUUGAUAGAAUUGAGAAAAUGCUUAGCGGAUCAAAACAAUCUUCUAGUAAUGAUAAUGAUAACAAGCAACAAAUAAUAUUAGCUGCUCGUCGUUUAAAAAAAAUUGGUCGUUUUAAAUAUGAUAUGCUUGAAUUAAGUAUAGCAGCUGGCGAAGAAAAAAAAAAUAAUUCUGAUUCAGAUAUAUUUAAACAGUUAAUGGCAGCUAUUGAAGCAUGUGAAAAACAUAUGACCGAACGUACUGAUUAUAUUACACAACAAAAAUUAAAGUUUUUUUUCGACGAAGCUCCGGCGUUACAAGACAAUUUAAUGAAUCAAGAUGGCGUCAGAGCAAAUCAAAAUUAA